AGGUAAACAAUUUUAAAUAGAACGGUUCGGCCUCAAGGUGGCAAAGCAAAAGAUCUGCGAAUUUGGGGUCCAAUAACUUUCUCUCAGUGUAACCGAAUUUUUGUCACCUACUUAUAUCCGAUCAAGGUAUGAGAUAAGAUCAAAAGCAAACAUCAUGAAGUGAACAAGGUGAAGAUAAUGAUGUGAUAAUGGAUGAGUUUUCGUUUAUGGACUUUGAUUUGCUGGAGGUGGCUCGAAACAGUUGUUUCUCUGUGGUAGAUCUGGCUCUGGAAAACCUGGAGCUUUAUGAUUUUAGUGUCGACUCGCAGGACGAGAAUGGGAACACUUUGCUACAUUACGCUGCUGCUACAGGUAACUUGGAGACCGCCAACAAGCUAAUCACCUUGGGAGCUUAUACAAACAUCCUGAACAACAAAGGUCAAACCCCAUUGCACGUGGCUUGCCUACAUGCACAGCUUCCUAUUGCAGAAUUGCUUGUUAAAAAUGGCGCAAAUAUCAAUGUCACAGACUUUUCUAAGGAGACUCCCGUUUUCAAAGCUGUCAGAGGUGGCAAUAAAAAUCUCACCAAAUUCAUCUUGAGCAAAGGUGCCAUCGUUAAUAGAUAUAACAAAAUCAACGAAGGAUUGUUGCACUUGGCUGUUAUGCAUGAUGACAUAGAGCUAGUCAAGCUACUUUUGGACAACGAGGAGGAUCCAAAUGAGCUUACAAAUGCAGGUGAAGCUCCUGUACAUCUCGCUGUUCAGCAUUACAACCUUCCCGUACUAAGACUACUGAUAUCAAGAAAGGCUGAAACCACAAUCAAAGACUUCAAUAAUCGUACUUUGUUACAUUUAGCUGUUAAAUAUAGGAGUACAGAAAUAUGUGAAGAGCUCUUGUCCACUGGUUUGGACGUGAAUGCUGCAGACAGGGAAGGUACAACCCCACUACAUUUGGCCACGGAACUCAAUGAUGCACCGAUGGUUUCACUGUUGAUUGAUAACAAAGCGUACCUUAAUAUGGAAGAUAUGGAUGGAUACACUCCUUUGCACGUAGCAGCUGGUACACGCGACAGUCUGGAAAUAUUGAAGAUCUUAACUGCCAAUGGUGCCAAGUGUGAUGCAAAGAACUUCAAUGGGGACCUGCCAAUCCACGUUGCUGCAGGUUCAGGAAACAUUGAAGCAUUUAUAUUCCUCUAUAAGAAGAGCGAAUCAGGUGCAACUAACAAAAUUGGACUAACCGCCACACAAGUGGUUGAAAUGAACGGAGAUCCUGUGAUGUUGCGUCUACUCGCAGAGCUGGACCGGAAUAACAAUAGUGGGAUUCCAGUUCCUGUACUAAAAAUACCACGUUAUUAGCCUUUUCCUCCGCAUCCACUGAAGCGAUUUUCACAAACUACAAAGUUUUGUUGUCCUUGUGUGGAACUCUCAUAAAGCGGUACCUCCCAAGUUACUGACAGGCCAAGGAUUAGCGGAGAGACAGACAAACAGACCGACAGACAGACACAUGUCAUAUAACGAGGUAAGAACAUCGAUUUGUAUUUCAGUGGUAAAUGUCUGGAGAUUAUGUGUGAUAACUGUGCCUAACAGAUGCCACAAUUUUCAACCCCUACAAGAAUUUUUCUGAUAAUGAGCAGUCGUCUCCAAACCGUUGAAUAAUGAUUUGUUCUGUUUCUUGCCCGAACAUCCAUCGUCACUGGAUGGGUUUUUAAAACCUACGAAGCCUUUCCGUUCCUGGCAUAGUGUUGAAAUUUUAUCAUAAUUCAAGAAAUACUUCCGAAGUUAUAGAGGGACCAAAGAUCAGCGGUCAGCGAAUAUUUAAAUACGUAAUAUCCAGAUUUCGAUUUCUUUUUUCGCGAUCUCAAUACUUCCUCGCCCAUUACGAGAAUUGUUAAGAUAAACAAGGACACUCAAAAAACAAUCAACCCAAUUGCAGUGACUAAGAGGAUUCAAGCAAAAUUUGUGCUACCAAGGCGAAUAUAAGGACACCUAAUAUGGUAAAAUUCAUCAAGCCGUUUGGUGUGGAUCUUAAACCCUAAUUUGCUGUGAGCAAUAUCAAACUUUAGCGUUACCUCAGAAUUCUCCUGAAGUGGAUUUAGCGGUUUUAGCAAUAAGGCGACACAUAUGUCGCUGUCGGCACCAAUCAUGCUGUCCUACGGGCGUAAAAUGGAGUAUAAAGGCCUUUUAUCUCUGAUAAAAGGUAACACUUUCCUUACAUACCAAUUCGAUCAUGUCAUCCGCAUUAACUUGACAGGAUAUAGGAAUAGAAUUUACAGCAUACAACUGUUACCACGUAUGCAUAAAGGUGAAUGCUAGAGUGCCUUGAAGCCCACUUUAGUGAGAAGUGGAAAUCCAGGAUUCCCCUGAGGCAGAAUGUAUGUUAUACAGGGAAGUGGGAAAUACAGGCCCGCAAGGCAAAGUAAAGGAAGGGUCCUGUAGGGUAGGGUACCCUAUACCGUUUCGUUUCUUUAAAAAAGCGUAUAAAAUUGAGGAGCAGACUUAACUCAAUACUUCAAAUGUACCCAUUCACGUUCGUUUUUUGAUACCGUGAUCUUUUCUGUUUGAGCUAAAAUGUAAGCUUUAUUCGGGUUUCAAUAGCUAAAAUUUAGGAACCGGUUGGAACUUCCAUUAGCCAAUCGCAGUACGGCUCUAAAGUCACACCUACCUACUGCGCAAGCUCAGAACAGUUCUCCAAUAUUAUUUUAUUGAACUCUGAUAUGAAAUGCAUAAUUUAAAAGCCUUGUCAGUACAUAACAUCUACAGGUUGUUAGGGUGGUUAAGAAAACAAUGUCAACAUUUUUGGAGCGUAAGUUACAUCGAAAAAUAACAGUGCUUAUAAAUAUGUUCUGAAAUGUUUCAUUGACAAGAUGGUGCUUUAUCUACUCCACUGAUGAGGCUGAAUAAGAACAGAACGUUAAUGUCAUUAAAAUAACGAUAUUUUGAGGUAAGAUUGCUCUAGUACAUCACGUAUAUUCUUCAAAGUCAACUUCACCAACUUGAGCCAGGAAUACUGCCGACGAUGCUACUAAUUUCCUAGAAGACCUAGAGUUUACUUUAUUGUUCUCAACACAUUUUGUAGUCAGUCAGAUAUAAGCCUUUGUACUAUUAAC